UUCAGAAGGCGAGAGAGCCACAGCUGGGUGGGUGUGACUCUUGACUGGACAGAGGCCACAGGACAGUACCUGUGCCCGGGGGACGACUUUGACUGCCUCCUUACCCACCGUGACCCGAGGAGGCAAUGAAUUCUAAGCGGAGAAUGCUGUUCCUGGUUUUGGUUCUUUUAUCCCUGAUGACGGCCAAGCACUACUUCAGGAACUACGGCGUAGAAGAACCUCAGCUGUCAACCUGGUUUAAACCCAAGAAACGCUUGGACGUCACCACCACCACUGACUGGCUGGCCCCCAUCUUGUGGGAAGGCACGUUCAGCACACAGGCCCUGGAGAAGUUCUACAGGAAGCGGAACCUCACUGUGGGCCUGGCUGUCUUUGCUAGAGGCAGGUUUGCUGAUGAGUACCUGGAGGUGUUCUUGCAGUCGGCCAACAAGUACUUCAUGCCCGGCCACAGGGUGGUCUUGUACAUCAUGACCGACGACUACGUCAAGCGGCCCAGCAUGGAGCUCCGCCCACUCUGCACCGUCCAGUUGCUUCUGAUGGAGGAGGAGCAGUGGUGGUCGGACACCGACCUCAUUCGCAUGAAGGUCCUGGGGGAGCACAUCGUGGCGCACAUCCUGGAGGAGGCCGACUUCCUCUUCAGCAUGACGGCCGACCUGGUCUUCCAGGACGACUUUGGGGUGGAGACGCUGGGCACCUCCGUGGCGCAGCUCCACGCCUGGUGGUACUUCAGGAACACCCGGAAUUACCCUUACGAGAGGCGGCCUCAGUCCUCGGCCUACAUCCCGUUCGGACAGGGAGACUUCUUCUACGGCGGCUCCAUCAUUGGGGGCACACCCCAGAGGGUCCUGGACUUCAUCAGGGACUACAUGGAGGGCGUCAUCCACGACCUGAAAAUUGGGCUCAACAGCACCUUCGAAAGGCACCUCAACAAGUUCUUCUUCCUCCACAAGCCCACCAAGCUGCUGUCCCCCGAAUACGGCUGGGACCCCACCUUCAACGCCCCGCCCCAGGUCCACUACGUCAAGGUGGCACUGCACCCCGAGAGGAGCUGAGGGGGCUCCGCGCCCUCAGGACACACUCGCAGGACGCCAAACCUCCCCAUUUAUAGAUCCAAACGCACCCCUCCAGAGGGCUCUUCCUCCUCACGAUGGCAGCUCCUCUGGCUCGGUUGACCUGGGAUGAAGAGUGAGGGUGUGCUGAGUGCUCGUUCACGCAGGCUGCCGUCUGGUGGUGCGGACAACGUGAACAGGCUUUUGACACAGGGAAGGGAACACUCCAGUUCAGAAAAAAGUCUGUUUGCAAAACAGAAAAGUGUUGUUAAAUAAACGUAAA